AUGAAGAACAAGCAGCAACAGCAACAACUAACCUCAAAUCCCCUUAGUUUCCAAAUGUACCUCCAUAGCCUCAUCUAUUGUAUGUUACUUGUCUCCGGUUUAGUAAUUGGAAUCACGCUAACUUUCUAUAUGAAAGAGAUUCCCUUCAACUUUCAACUCAAGCAAUUCUCCAUGCAACCACCUCCAACAUCACAGCCUCCUCCGUCAGCACCGCCUCCACCUUCGUUGCCACAACUACAAAAUUUCAAAUCCUCGAAUAUCCCGAUUUAUCUGAAAAAUAACACCCGAAUAGGCUUAACAGAAUAUCUAAAGCCCCCGAACACAAUGCAUGACAUGGAAGAUGAAGAGUUGCUGUGGAGGGCCUCAAUGGUUCCCCGGAAACGCAACUUUCCGUUCCAGCGAGUCCCAAAAGUUGCUUUCUUGUUUUUAACAAGAGGGCACUUGCCAUUGGCUCCUCUUUGGGAGAAAUUUUUCAAAGGGCAUGAAGGGUUUUACUCCAUAUAUGUACAUUCCCAGCAAUCCUUCAAUGGAACAGUGCCUGAAGAUUCUGUGUUUCAUGGCCGAUCAAUCCCAAGUAAGCAUGUAGAAUGGGGAAUGUUCAACAUGAUUGAAGCAGAGCGACGAUUACUGGCUAAUGCAUUACUUGACUUCUCCAACCAACGUUUUGUUCUCCUCUCAGAGUCUUGCAUUCCUCUAUUCAACUUCACAGCCAUCUAUACUUACCUCAUCAACUCAACCAAAACCUUUGUGGAGGCAUACGACUUGUGGGGCCCAGUGGGGAGAGGCCGGUACAGCCACCGCAUGAAGCCAACAAUCAUGCCAGACGAUUGGCGAAAGGGCUCACAAUGGUUCGAAAUGGAUCGAGACCUAGCGAUCGAGGUUAUCUCUGAGCAUAAAUAUUUUCGAUUGUUUAGAAGGUUUUGCAAGCCUUCAUGUUAUUCGGAUGAGCACUACUUGCCUACAUUAGUGAGUUUGAGAUUUUGGAGAAAGAACUCAAAUAGGACUUUGACUCGGGUUGACUGGUCGAAGGGUGGACCUCAUCCAGCUAUGUUUGGUGAAACAAAUGUGACCAUUGAGCUUUUGAACAUGAUGAGGAAUGGAACCAACUGUUUGUACAAUGGGAAGAGCACAAACAAUUGCUUCUUGUUUGCAAGGAAGUUUUUGCCAAGUGCUUUGGAUAGGCUUUUGAGCUUUGCGCCAAUGGUUUUCAACUUCAACUGA